UCAGCCUGAACUAGAAUAUAAGUUAUAAGUAUUAUAUUGUUAGAAAAGUUAUAAAAGCUAAUAUGACGGCUCAAUAUAAUUUCCUAAAGGUAGUAUUAAUACUUUGUAUCGCAACCACUUUACUGGCAUUCCGUGAGGAUGCAGCCCAGGAGUUCAUCCAACACGUACUUCGGGUCCCCAAUCCUGACAGAGUGCUGAACACCGUGCUUGGUAGACUGGAGAGAAACAAACAAGCAUUGCCAGGAAGAGAUAAACAGCGCCACGUGAACGACAUAGAUUAUGAUGAAAGUGAUGAGGUCCUGCCAGAAUACACUGAAUCAGUAGAGGCUUCUCGUGAACGUGAAAUGCGUCAUUUGGGCGCACAGAAACAUUAUCCAAUCUGCCACUUGGAGAGAAAGAUUCAGCGGCUUAACACCAACGUUUAUGAAUACAGACCAGCGUAUUAUGAAGAGGUUAAGUGCACCACUUCUCUUACGGAAGAUGCUGCAGCCACAAAUGAUAUUUGUUCAAGCCUCGGAUUUUCGUGUGUUCAAUGGAAUAAGACAAUACAUUUAACCAGGAGAGAGUACACAAGUGACUGUUGGGAAACUAUGACAAUGGUCAUACCGGCUGGUUGUGAGUGUAUGUGGCCAGUACACAGACUCGGGGAUAUUUCACAUCAUGUAUAAAUAAACGGUUGGCCCAUGUAUAAAAUACCCAGUUUAGAUGUGAUUAUUUUUUAACUAUUUGUACUACAAUAUUGCUUUAUAUAGAAGUAAAUAAUGUAGUAAAAUUUUUGUUGAAUUUUUGGAAAAUAGAAUACAAAUCUAACAGCAGUA